AGUUGCAGGGGCCCAGCCAAACGUAGAGUGAAUGAAGUCAGCUGAUCAGUCUGCUGCUGCUGUCUGCCUGCCUGCCACGCAUCGCAGUAACCCAUCGUUUCUCAGCCGAGGCGACACGGUACACCGCCACUGCACGACCAUACGUUAGACGAAUAAACCUGCAAAGAUGGACAUGUCCAAGCUGCCGAAGAUCAGGGACGAGGAGAGAGAAAGUCAGUUUGGAUAUGUUCAUGGAGUCUCUGGACCAGUGGUGACAGCCACAGCCAUGGCAGGAGCAGCCAUGUACGAGCUGGUCCGUGUCGGCCACAGUGAGCUGGUAGGAGAGAUCAUCAGGCUGGAGGGAGACAUGGCCACCAUCCAGGUCUACGAGGAGACGUCUGGCGUGUCUGUUGGAGACCCUGUGCUGCGAACUGGGAAGCCUCUCUCUGUCGAGCUGGGUCCAGGAAUCAUGGGGUCCAUCUUUGAUGGUAUCCAGCGACCCCUAAAGGACAUCAAUGACAUCACACAGAGCAUCUACAUCCCCAGAGGUGUCAACAUUGGCGCCCUGAACCGAGACCUGAAGUGGGAGUUUUCGCCUGGCAAGAGCCUGCGGGUGGGCAGUCACAUCACAGGAGGAGACAUUUAUGGCAUGGUGUAUGAGAACUCCCUCAUCAGGCACAAGAUCAUGCUACCCCCGAAAAACAGAGGCACUGUGACGUACUUGGCCCCUCCAGGAAAUUAUGACGUCUCUGAUGUAGUGAUGGAGCUGGAGUUUGAAGGAGUGAAGGAGAAGUUCACCAUGGUGCAGGUGUGGCCUGUGAGACAAGUGCGGCCCGUCACAGAGAAGCUGCCAGCCAACCACCCGCUGCUGACUGGACAGAGAGUGCUGGACGCACUUUUCCCAUGUGUGCAGGGAGGAACCACAGCCAUCCCAGGAGCCUUUGGUUGUGGUAAGACCGUCAUCUCCCAGUCCUUGUCCAAGUACUCCAACAGCGAUGUCAUCAUAUAUGUAGGCUGUGGGGAGCGUGGUAACGAGAUGUCUGAAGUACUGCGAGAUUUCCCCGAGCUGACCAUGGAAGUGGACGGGAAGACGGAGAGCAUCAUGAAGAGAACAGCGCUGGUGGCCAACACCUCCAACAUGCCUGUGGCUGCCAGAGAAGCCUCCAUCUACACAGGAAUCACACUGUCGGAGUAUUUCAGAGACAUGGGUUACAACGUGAGCAUGAUGGCCGACUCUACCUCCCGUUGGGCCGAGGCUCUCAGGGAGAUUUCUGGACGUCUGGCUGAGAUGCCCGCAGACAGCGGUUAUCCUGCCUACUUGGGCGCUCGUCUCGCCUCCUUCUACGAGCGUGCCGGCAGAGUGAAGUGUCUCGGCAACCCCGAGAGAGAGGGCAGCGUCAGCAUUGUAGGAGCUGUUUCACCUCCCGGUGGUGAUUUCUCUGACCCUGUUACUUCAGCCACUCUUGGUAUCGUACAGGUGUUCUGGGGUCUGGAUAAGAAACUGGCUCAGAGGAAACACUUCCCGUCUGUGAACUGGCUGAUCAGCUACAGCAAAUACACUCGCGCUCUUGAUGAGUAUUACGACAAGCACUUCCCUGAGUUUGUGCCGCUGCGCACCAAGGCCAAGGAGAUCCUGCAGGAGGAGGAGGACCUGGCGGAGAUUGUGCAGCUUGUUGGAAAGGCAUCGCUGGCUGAGACGGAUAAAAUCACCCUGGAAGUGGCCAAACUGCUCAAAGACGACUUCCUGCAGCAGAACGGUUACACUCCUUACGACAGGUUCUGCCCCUUCUAUAAGACUGUGGGCGUUCUCUCCAACACGAUCGCUUUCUACGACAUGGCGAGGCACGCGGUGGAGACCACAGCCCAGAGCGACAACAAGAUCACCUGGGCCAUGAUCAAGGAGCACAUGGGCGAAAUCCUCUACAGGAUCAGCUCAAUGAAAUUCAAGGACCCGGUGAAGGAUGGCGAGGCAAAGAUCAAGGGCGAGUACGCUCAGCUGCUGGAGGACAUGCAGAACGCCUUCCGUACGUUGGAGGAAUAGACUGCCACCUCCUCACAAUCCUUUAUCGGUUUUCAUCUCAUGACCCCAACCACGACCUCCCUCCACCCCACUGCAGAAUCACAUUCCACCUCCUCGUAUUCCCACAAAGCGUGUGCUCCCCGUUCUCCUCUGUGGGUGAUUGUAUGUGUGUGUGUGUGCACAUAAUGUUCAUGUGGAGGGAAAAGAGAAAGAUGUACUGUAUUCAUAAUUCUUAUUAUUAUUUCUUGCCUCAUCAUGGCAUACUCUGGAUCUUCUGCAUGGUCACUGAUCGUGUUUUUGUGUUUGAUUUGAUGUGAGAAUGAACGAGGGGACGUCUUCAGUCUUCACCUCCUUUCUCUGUUUACAUCGUUUCCUGCCGUGUAGCUGUUUGUGUUUCUCUUGUUGGGUUUCAACGUAUCGUAGUAUCAUACACCAUCUGUACAGAAGAGUAUUGAAUUAUAAAUUUAAUAAGAUCAAUAUAUUUAUUGCCAGCAUUUUUUGAUGUGAAGGUUUCUUCCUGUUUCUGUUUCUGUUUUGUUUUUAAUGGUCGUGUCGUGGAUGUUUUGCUGUGUGAGUGUGUCAGAGUCUGAGAGUACUCAGUACUGUUCAAUGCUUCCGUCGUGUUACUCCGAAAUAAUUAAAACAUGGAAGGAAA